AUGAGUGAGUUAGACCAAGGAAUAGAACGGUUAAAAAGCUGUAAUUUAAUUUCUGAGUCUCAAGUUCAAGUUUUAUGUUAUAAAGCACGAGAAAUUCUAAUAGAAGAAGCAAAUGUUCAAUGGAUAGAUUCACCAGUGACAAUAUGUGGUGAUAUUCAUGGGCAAUUUCAUGAUCUUAUGGAGCUAUUUAAAGUUGGCGGUAUGUGCCCAGAUACUAAUUAUAUAUUUAUGGGAGACUUUGUAGACAGGGGUUUUAAUUCAAUAGAAACAUUUUUACUGUUAUUAUCUUUUAAAGUUCGAUAUCCAGAUCGUAUUACUUUAAUUCGAGGUAAUCAUGAGUCACGACAAAUUACUCAAGUUUAUGGGUUUUAUGAUGAAUGUAUACGUAAAUAUGGAAAUACUAAUGUUUGGCGUUAUUGUACAGAGAUUUUUGAUUAUUUAUCUUUAGCAGCAAUAGUUGAUGGCAAAAUUUUUUGUGUUCAUGGUGGCUUAAGUCCUAGUAUUACUACAAUAGAUCAGAUAAGAUUACUUGAUCGAAAACAAGAAGUUCCUCAUGAAGGACCUAUGUGUGAUCUUCUCUGGUCGGAUCCUGAUAAUAUUUCUGGUUGGAGUGUUUCUCCAAGAGGAGCUGGUUUUCUUUUUGGCGGAGAUGUGGUAAAAUCGUUUUGUAGAAUAAAUCAAGUUGAAAUGAUUGCACGAGCUCAUCAACUCGUUAUGGAAGGUUAUAAAAUUAUGUUUGAUAAUACAUCACAAGAGUCAAAUAUGAAUGGUGACCAGAAUACUAAUAAAGAAAAUUGCAAGAAUAUAGAACCAGUAGCAGAGUUUACAUUAACUCAAAAUAAAGAUACAGAUUUUGGAUCCAUAGUUACAGUAUGGUCAGCUCCGAAUUAUUGUUAUAGAUGUGGGAAUGUUGCAGCUAUUUUGAAACUUAAUGAAAAUCUUGAGAAAUCAUAUAAAAUUUUUGAAGCAGCUAAACAAGAAGGCUCUUCUAUUCCUCCUGUUAGGAAACCUAUUGUAGAAUAUUUUUUGUAA